AUGGAGCGGGCGCUGCUGCCCCUCCUGUGCCCGCGGGCCCCGCGGCUGUGCCGGGCCCCGCUCCGGUUCCGCUCCAGCCGCGGGGCUGAGCAAGGAGCGCCCCGAGGCAGCGAUCCCCCGGAGGCUUCGGGGGCCGGGCGGGGGUCGCGCACCGGGCGGGAGCUGUGGCGGGCACAGCAGGACUCGCCCCGGGCCGGCCCGGGGAAGGGGCUGGGGCGAAAGGCGCCGCCGGCCCUGGAGAGAACCAAAGGCUCGGAGAUCGUGUUCGGGGUGGCCCCGUGCUGGCUGGCGCUGGCCCGGGCGCGCAGGGCGCUGUUCCGGCUGUUCCUCAAGGAGCGGCGCGGCGGCCCCGGGCGGCCCCUGAGCGCCGAGCUCGCCCUGCAGGCCGCGGCCCGCGGGGUGCCCGUACUGCACGUCCCGGGCCGGGCGCUGGACACGCUGUGCCGGGGCCGGCCCCACCAGGGAGUGUGCCUGGAGGCCGCCCCGCUGCCCUUCAGGAGCCUGCGGGACGCGGAGGAGAGAGACGGAGAGAGCGGGGAGCGGCAGCUGCUGUGGCUGGUGCUGGAGCACAUCCAGGACCCCAUGAACCUGGGGGCUCUGCUGCGCUCCGCGUACUUCCUGGGGGUGGACAGAGUGGUGGCGACACGCAGCAACAGCUGCCCCUUGACUCCCAUAGUGAGCAAAGCCAGUGCUGGAACCAUGGAGGUCUUUGAUGUGUACAGCACAGAUGAUCUGCCGGCCUUUCUGAAGGCUAAAAGUGCAGAAGGCUGGGAAGUGGUGGGAACAGCCAGCAGGCCCGAGGAUGUGGAAGGUGUUCCUGUCAUCAGCUGCUCGGAAUUCCGGUGGGACAAACCCCUCAUUGUGGUGAUAGGCAGUGAAGGGGAGGGCAUUUCCCUGCAGACCCAGCUGCAGUGCCAGCAGAUGUUGGCCAUCCCCCCUGGCAGGGCGCUGCACCCCGGCAUCGACUCCCUCAACGUCUCUGUGGCUGCAGGUAUCCUCCUGCACUCCAUCUGCAGCCAGAAACGGAGGCACGGAGAUUGAAAUCCUCUUCAUUUGUGGAGGAAGCUGCUCAGUGUGGGUAUGGAAAUGCUCUUCCCAGGGUCUCCACCAUCACGGUGACUUCCAGGGAGAGCCCAGAGACCUGAGCUGCGUUUUGGCUGCUGCAGAAGCCAGCAGACCCCUGAUGUUGUGGGUAACAGCUGGGGGGAGCAGCUGAGGGAAGGCAGGCAGGUCUGGGAGCAGGAGAACACCCAGGGGUGGCCCCAGCACCUGUGCCCUGCAGACUUUGUGCAUCCCUUGGACUGUGGGGACGGUUUGGGCCGUGGGUGAAGGAGCCCUGUGCCCUCCCCAGCUGUGCCUGGCAGCCCCUGGAGCUGCAUUUUCUGUGUUUGGUUGUAAACCAGGUGUGCAGCCCUGCCAAGGGCUGGCAAACGUCUGGGGUGGGGGGGAAACGGAGCCCGUGGAAAUAAAGCUUUUGUAAA